CCUUAUUUAUAGGACUGCUAGUGCCACUUCUGUUACUAGCUACCCUUUUCCUUCUCCUCCUUCUUUCAUCAACUUCUCCUUCCUUUCCCCCCUCCCCAGUAUUUUUCUGUUGCUAGUCUCUUUUAGGUUAAUAUUCUCGUUCCUAAACCCUAUAUAUAUAAAGCUCCAUUGCCAGGCUGAUCAUUCAUACAUAUAUAUAUUUUGAAAACGAUAAUAUAAAAUUAGCUACUUGUCUAGCUAGGUAAGUAAGGAUCAUGUCUAGCAGAGGGUCAAGGCAGUCAGGUACUCCAGCGAUCAAAGAUGACCAAAUCAUCGAACUGGUGUCCAAAUUACGUCAACUGGUUCCUGAGAUUCGAGAUAGGCGCUCCAACAAGGUGCCAGCAUCGAAGGUCCUGCAAGAGACUUGCAACUAUAUCAGAAACUUACACAGAGAGGUUGACGACCUAAGCGAGCGACUCUCCCAACUGCUCUCUACAAUUGAUGCUGAUAGUCCGGAGGCCGCUAUAAUUAGGAGCUUGAUUACGCAGUAGAUGGAUCAUCAGAUCAUGAUGAGAAACCCUAAUAUUAUAUAUAUAUAUAUGUAUGUAUGUAUAUGUAUAUGUGUGUGUAUGUGUGUCUAAGAGCAUUUUAAUUUAUAUAGUUAAGUGUCCUUUUACUUUCUUUCCAGGUUAGAGUACUUAGUACUGUAUGUAUUUAAAGAUGUCAUGUGUGUUGUUAAUUAGAGGCGUACUGUAUUCUAGUUUGUUUAAUAAAUUGAAGGACUUGCACUGCUACUAGCAAGUCCUAUCAUAAAGAAGGAAUUCCUAUUUACUCUAUGUAAUUUCUUUACGCAAAAAUGAUUUCUGCA